AUGGCCGAGUCAUCAAUCAGCGUCACGUCCUUGCCCUGCGCUGUAUGUAAGUUUGAAAAAUGGAACACCGAAGUAGAAAGCAGCAACAAAUUCGGUCAUGAACAUACCAUUGAGAAGUAUGAAGACCUGCAGAAAUCUGUGCUCUCGGGAUGUCCUGGUUGUAUCAUUCUUCACGAGGCGUGGGUUUGGUGCAUUCCCGACCAACAUUUACGCUCCAAGGCAUGGCUUGCUUUCAACAUUGAUACAUCCAAGAUGUAUUUCCAUCUCUUCACUGAACACGUUCUUGAUGUAGAUAUUUUCACUCUUUCAGGUCAACCUCGUAUCAAACAUAUUGCUUCAGCAUCUCUGCUACCUCCUAGCACUGAACUCCGAUACAAUCUGUCCCGCAUCCAAUCUUGGAUAGAAGCAUGUGAACGUCUACACAAAAGAUGUUCUGUAGUUACUGAGUUUACUCCUUUUCGCUUGCUUGACUUGCAAACAGAUAUCCAAGAUUGUAUAAAACUAGUGAAUGUACCCAACGUUCGCUACGUUUGCUUGAGUCAUUGCUGGGGUAGCACUCGUUCAAAGCACCUGACGAAGCGGGAGAACCUUCUCGCCAACCAGUCAGGAAUUCCACUACUUGAGUUACCCAAGACAUUUCAGGAUGCCGUGCAUGUCACCAAGGCUCUGGGAAUUCGCUAUUUAUGGAUCGAUACGUUUUGUAUCAUCCAGGACGAUGAAAAAGAUUGGGAAACCCAAGCCUCGCUUAUGGCGGCAAUAUACGAGAAUGCGUAUAUCACUAUAGCAGCAGGGUCAAGUGACGAUGAUGAUGGGGGAUUCUUUGCAGAGCCUCGUGACGCAUACACAAAAGCGUACAAGUUUCACUUGGAUGUCAAUGGUAUUGACCAUGAAUUUUACAUGAGGUAUGCUGUUCCACAUCCAGGUGAAGGAUGGCCAGUUGGACGAUUACUCCCGUUGAUGACUCGCGCUUGGACUAUGCAAGAACGUCUACUCGCCAAGAGAUAUCUGUGCUUUGGACACAAUGAGAUAUUUUGGGAAUGCCAGGAGGAUGUUUCCUGCAGUUGCACCAUAGCAGAGGGCCCGUUCAACCCCUGUGAUGGGGAGCCCAAGUUUCACGGGUGCGAACCACUGAAGUAUAAAAGCUCAUUGUUGAAUAACCUAUCUUCAAAUGACCUAGCGACUCUUUGGAGAGAUCUAGUUCAUGAAUACUCGGGGAGAAACCUCACGAAAUCAAGUGACAAGUUGCCUGCUCUUGCAGGACUUGCAGAGAAGUUUCAGCGAGUAUUUAACUGUGGCUAUCUUGCCGGCCUCUGGAUGAACAAUAUUAGGGAAGACGUUUCUUGGCGCACUUCAGGAAAUGAUGCCCCGUUCGGUCGUAUGCGAAAAGGUCCUUCAUGGUCUUGGGCGACGGCUUGUGAGUCACCAAUAAUAUGGCCGCCAAUAAAAUUACACAAAACGUUCCAAGUCACAAGUACUUCUAUCCAUAAAGAGAUUAACGGAUUAACUGUACAUGAAUACGCCAAAGGUUCGCAUUUAACAAUUCGUGGAUUUAUACAGCCUAUUUCUAUCCAAACAUAUGUCAACCGAGACGAACUUGAGAAGGUCUACCCUUUGGUACGGCGCUGCCAAGUAGUCGAGUGGGCGAGGCGUCAUUCUGAACAUAGCCAACUGUUAGCCCGACGAUUCGGAUCCCUUGUCAAGCAUGCAGAGCGCAAACCAAGGGAUAAAGCAAUAGAGAUGGACAACGACCAGGAACAGACCAUGUACGGGACAUUCUUUGCCGAUUAUCGCUUUUGGGAAACGGAAGAAGAGUUGCGAGGGACAUUGCAGCACGUCUACUUCCUUUUUCUAGGCAGUGAAACUGAUACAGAUCCUCUAUGGAUUGAUGGUAUGAUUUUAAGGCCACGUUCAGGUCAAUGGGAUGAGUCUAAUGUCUGUUAUGAGCGAAUUGGUUGGCUUCGAUACUGCACUUUAGAUUCGGUGACAGAAUCAGAUCGGACGCCCCGGGGAACUCAAUCAACUAUUACUCUAUUAUGA